UGCCCUGUCCCAGGGGCGAUGACAAGCUCCGGGCAGCCUUCCCCUGAGUCAGGUCGGAGCUGCGGAUGAAGGGCGGCAAGGUCCUUGUUGCCGUUCUCAGGAGGUCUGGAGCCCCGCGGGCGGCUCCUCGUCGGUGUCUCUCCCAGGUGGAGUCUGGCCCGCCGACAGCUGGGCAAGUCGCGUGCCCUCUCCGACCCCGAGCUGUGAUGUUUAGACAGCAGAACGCGCGUGUACCGCCUGGCGUGGGCCGCCUCCGGCCAAGGGACGGUCCCACGCGACGCCCUGCGGCCCGGCGCCCCCAGAACGCGCCGACGUCCCCGGGAGCCGCCGGCUGUGACGCCGCGGGCGUUGCCCAGCAACGGUGAACGCCGCAGCGGCGAGCGGGGCCGCAGGAGGCUCCGAAGCUCGGUUCCUGCGGCGGCGCCUGCAGCGCGGAUCCCCCACGUCUCCCGCCCCGGCCGGGCCUCGGGGACGGGCGAUCCCGGGCGCGGGAGGUGGCGGCUGCCCCGGCCCGGUCCUGAGGCUCCCCGCCCCCUGCUGCCCGCGGUCUCCCGCCCCGCGACCGUGCGUCCCCGCCGCGGCGCCAUGACCGCCGAGUCGGUGAAAGUGGUGGUGCGCUGCCGCCCCAUGAACCGGCGGGAGCGGGAGCUGAACUGCCAGUGCGUGGUGACGGUGGACUCCGCGCGCGGCCAGUGCUUCAUCCAGAACCCGGGCGCCGCCCACGAGCCUCCCAAGCAGUUUACCUUCGACGGCGCCUACUACAUGGAGCACUUCACCGAGCAGAUCUACAACGAGAUCGCCUACCCGCUGGUGGAGGGCGUCACUGAGGGCUACAAUGGCACCAUCUUUGCCUAUGGCCAGACUGGCAGCGGGAAGUCCUUCACCAUGCAGGGCCUGCCGGACCCACCCUCCCAGAGAGGCAUCAUCCCCAGGGCCUUUGAGCACAUUUUUGAGAGCAUCCAGUGUGCAGAGAACACCAAGUUCCUGGUCCGGGCCUCCUACCUGGAGAUCUACAAUGAAGAUGUGCGUGACUUGCUGGGGGCUGACACCAAGCAGAAGCUGGAGCUGAAGGAACACCCGGAGAAGGGGGUGUACGUGAAGGGGCUGUCCGUGUGCACGGUGUACAGUGUGGCCCAGUGCAAGCACAUCAUGGACACGGGCUGGAGGAACCGCUCGGUCGGCUACACCCUGAUGAACAAGGACUCCUCGCGCUCCCACUCCAUCUUCACCAUCAGCAUCGAGAUCUGUGCUGUGGGUGAGCGGGGCAAGGACCGCCUCCGGGCAGGGAAGCUGAACCUGGUGGACCUAGCAGGCAGCGAGCGGCAGUCCAAGACAGGUGCCACCGGGGAACGGCUCAAGGAGGCCACCAAGAUCAACCUGUCGCUGUCAGCACUGAGCAAUGUCAUCUCGGCCCUGGUGGACGGACGCUGCAAACACAUCCCCUACCGGGACUCAAAGUUGACGCGGCUGCUACAGGACUCACUGGGCGGCAACACCAAGACGCUGAUGGUGGCCUGUCUGUCACCGGCUGACAACAACUAUGAUGAGACGCUCAGCACGCUGCGUUAUGCCAACCGAGCCACAAACAUCAAGAACAAGCCACGCAUUAACGAGGACCCCAAAGACGCCCUCCUGCGCAAGUACCAGGAGGAGAUCAAGAAGCUCAAGGCGAUUCUGGCCCAGCAGAUGAGCCCCAGCAAGCUGUCAGCCCUGCUAUCCAGUCGGGAUCCCCCAAGCCCUGCCCAGGUUGAGGAGAAGCUGCUGCCCCCACCUGUGAUCCAGCAUGACACAGAGGCUGAGAAGCAGCUGAUCCGGGAGGAGUGCGAAGAGCGCCCGGCGCGGCUGAGGGCUGACUACCGGGCAGAGCAGGAGCCCAGGGCCCGGCUGGAGGAGGACGUCGCUGCCAUGCGCAGCUCGCAUGACGUGAAGCUGCCCACGCUGGAGGCGAACCUGUGCAAGGAGUCAGACGCUGUGCUGAAGGCAGAAGUUCUCUACAAGGCUGGAGUCCUGGCCAGGGCUGAGUCUGCCGACAGCUCUGAGUGCUCAAAUACUUUGGCUGUGGAGCCCAAGAUCUACUUCAUGCCCGACACUCUGCCUGCCGAGGCUGUCUCCAGGACGGAGGUUUCCUCUGGGUUUGAGGACCUGCCCAACACGGAGAUCUGCAGGUCUGAGGCUUCUGUGGGGUCUGACGCAUCUUCUGCACCCAAAGAAGCCUUCACGCCUGAGUCAUUCCCUGGGCCCGAGGAGCCCACCAUCCUGGAGUUCUCCGUGCCCGCCGUGGAGGACACGAACAAACACUUCCUGAAUAAGUGUCUCAGCCACGGGGGGGCAGAGCCGCUGCUGGAUGGGGAGCCCUUCCUUCAGGAAGGGGAGCCACAGCUGAUGCCCCUGGAGCUGCUACCAGGCCUGCAUGACCCAUUUCCCGAAGUGGAAGCCAGGCUGGCCAGACCUCCCUGCACUGUGGCUAGAGCAGCCGUGCCCUCGGAGGACAUACCCCAGAAAGCCCAACAGGCUCCAGGGAAUGAGAGGAUAGCUUUCAAUCUACGCGAAUGUAUGGAGAGAGAUAAUGACCUGCUCGCCUCCGGACUCGAUCACUGGGAGGCUGACCAGGGCCCAGAAGUGGCCAAGGAGGUGGAGUUGGCUGCAGAGCCUAGAGUGGGGGCCAAGGUUGCCGCCCAGGUGGCCUUGGGGGCUCAGCUUCAGCUGCCGCUGGCCACAAGCAGUGUGAGAAGGGCCAGUGUGGGCACGGAGACAGCAUCUCUGACCAACCACCUGCUGCCUGCUGUGGACCAGCAGCAGGUGCUUGCGCGUCUGCAGCUCUUGGAGCAGCAGGUGGUCGGCGGGGAGCAGGCCAAGAACAAGGACCUGAAGGAGAAGCGCAAGCGGAGGAAGCGGUUCGCGGACGAGCGCACGAAGCAGCUGGCUGCGGCCCUGCGAAGCGCGGACGAGGACGGCGGGGACUGGGUGCUGCUGCGCGUCUACGACUCCAUCCAGGAGGAAGUGAGGGCCAAGGGCAGGCUGCUGGAGAAGGUGCAGAGGAAGCUUCGGGCAGCAGAGGUGGAGAUCAAAGAUCUGCAGUCAGAGUUUGAGCUAGAGAAGAUCGAUUACUUGGCCACCAUCCGCAGGCAGGAGCGUGAUUUUAUGCUGUUCAAGCAGCUCCUGGAGCAGGUGCAGCCCCUGAUUCGCAGGGACUGUAACUAUAGCAACCUGGAGAAGAUAAAGCGCGAGUCCUGCUGGGAUGAGGACAAUGGCUUCUGGAAAAUCCCCAAGCCAGUCAUCAUAAAAACCAGCCUCCCAGUAGCAGUUUCAACAGGGCCACAGAACAAGCCAGCCCACAAAACCUCUGUAGCAGACAAUGGUGAGCCAGGCACGCAGGAAGAAGACCGCUACAAGCUGAUGCUCAGUCAGAGCGACAGUGAAAAUAUUGCCAGUAACUACUUCCGGUCCAAGCGGGCCAGCCAGAUCCUCAGCAGGGAUCCCAUGAGGAGCCUGACAUAUCACAACCUGCCGCCAGGCCUCAGCUGUCCACUUGGCAACAGCUCUGCCCUCCCACCCACCCAGGCCCCUGAAACGCCCCAGCCCCGGCCUUUCCGCCUUGAGUCCCUUGGCAUCCCCUUCACCAAGACCAAGCGCAAGAAAAGCAAAAGCAGCUUUGGCAGGGAGCCUCUGUGAACACAGCUGCCUGCUCCUUCCCUGCCUUUGGGCUCCUGUGAGACUGCCGGGCCCUCCCCGGGGCAGCCCCAGGCGGGUCUCCUCCCACCUGCUCCCCACAGUAACCUGGGAGCCCAAGGAAGUCUUUGCCCUGGGAAGACACAGGCCCUUCCCUGACACCCACAGAGGCCACCUCUGUCCCUGUGGCAUGAGCCCUUCCGAGGCUGGACUAUCCUUAGAGAGGCCCAGCUGUCCACACCAUGUCAGUUUCCAUCUGCUCACCUGCCAC